CCGGUAUUUACAUGGUAGAUAACAUAUCUGCACGCAGCACCGACCACGCAUCUCGUUAGAUCCCGCCGCCACACGGUCCGCCGCAUGUCUUGUAACGUGACGACGGGCUGUGCACGGUUGCCCUCCAAUGUCUUGUACACUGUAAACCCCGCUGCUGUCGCUCCCGGUUCCAUAUAAACCUGCGGACAGCUUCCCCUCCUCCUCCUCCACAAACUGCUGCUGCUACUGCUGCUUGCAUCUUAUACCCUACUCCUCCAUAUCAGAUCGAAAGCUAUAUCUGUAUUCGCAUUUACUAUGGUUCAAUGUGGGGUCUGCACCCGACUCUUCAGCACCGCCUCCGCGCUGGAAGACCACGCCAAUACGACAAACCACCGCAGCUCCAAGGCCCGCAACAAAAACAUCACGGUCAGCUCUAGACAACUCGUCAUAGCCUCCCCGCGACGCCUGUCCUGCCACCUGUGCGAUCGUACCUUCAGCGAUGCCGAAGCGCGACAAGUGCACUUGAACUCUCCGCGGCACAUGGCGAAGUGUGACUUUUGCGAACAACUGUUUCCUCCCAGCUCGAAAGCGCUGGAGCAGCACGUGCAGCGGCAGCAUCCCUCCUGCAAGCCGUGCAAUCGCACCUUCGUCAGCGCUAAGGCACUACUGAGCCAUCAGAACUCUCCGCGGCACAUGGAGAAGUGUGUGCACUGCGAACAACUGUUUCCUCCCAGCUCGAAAGCGCUGGAGCAGCACGUGCAGCGGCAGCAUCCCUCCUGCAAGCCGUGCAAUCGCACCUUCGUCAGCGCUAAGGCACUACUGAGCCAUCAGAACUCUCCGCGGCACAUGGAGAAGUGUGUGCACUGCGAACAACUGUUUCCUCCCAGCUCGAAAGCGCUGGAGCAGCACAUGCGGAUGGCACAUGUUUCUUACACGCCGUCCAGUCGCACAUUCUUCAGCCAGUUAUCACUACAACCCCAUUUAAGCCCUCCGCAACACAAGAGUGGAUGCGCCUUCUGCGACGAAUCGUUCACCGUUGGCACUAACGAGCUGGAGCGGCACAUGCAAAGCGCCCAUCCAUCAUGCGAGCCGUGCUCUCGCGCUUUCGUCGACCACGAGACGCUACAGCGGCAUCUAGACUCCUCAUGCCACACGGAGCGGUGCGGGAUCUGCGACGAAUCGUUCACCAUCGGCACCAAGGGCCUAAAGCGGCACAUGCGCGUGGCACAUCCCUCUUGCAAGCCGUGUAAUCGCACAUUCGUGAGCCCCGCAUCGCUGCAAAUCCACCUGAACUCAGCGCGGCACACGGAGAAGUGCCAUCUCUGUGAUGAACUGUUCAGAAGCGACACGGACGGACUGGAGCGCCACUUGCGCAGCGAACAUCCGUCUUGCGAGCCGUGCUCAUGCACCUUCGUCAGCAAGGAGGCACUGCUGCGGCAUCUUGCCACCUCCGCCCUCCAUGCUCACGAGUUCCGCUGCACCAUCUGCGAUGCCGAGUUUGCAACCGGCCGCGCAUUGCGGGAGCAUACGUGUGUGGACCCGGAGGAAAUCGACGCCCCGGCCGCUGUGGUUGUCCGCAACUUCUGCGACGAGUGCGAGGGGCAGUUCCGGACCAAAGAUGCGUACGAGCAGCACAUGGCGGUCGUCCACAAGAUCGUCCGCGACGUCUUCCAGUGUCCCUCCUGCCAAAAGACGUUUCCGACGUUGUCGGCGUGGGCGCAGCACCUUGAGAGCGGGGUGUGCGCGGGCAGCGGGGCGCAGGAGAUUAUCGACAGAAUUGUCAAUGCGACCAAUUCGACGUCGAUGCUAGCUGGUGGUUCGCGCGGACACGCUGUAGAAGACAAUGAUAAUGAGACGUCCCGGAGUGAAGACAGCCUGUCGGAUUUCGAUGAUGAAUCGGGCUAUAGAGAUGACAAUAACGGCAACAAUGGAGUCGUUAUUCACACCCCAACCUCCACCCGGCCCCCUUCCUCUCUCUCCAUCUCUCCAGAUCCCCGUGCGUCUCAGUUGCCCUUUGCUUCCCAAUCUUCCGGCAGCCAGCAACGCCUGCGAGUUAGUUCAACACACGCCAGCCGCCGGCAGGAUGCUAAAGUACUUUCGUGCACCGAGAGCGAUGAUUCGGCGUCUGAAUGUGGAUGGGUGGCACAGGUUGGAGACAGCGAUUCGGAUAGCGAAUAAGCGUCUGGAGGAGAGUACCGUAUUGGGCUACCGGAUGGUGGUGGAGGUGGUGGGGUUCGAAUGGCCGAGGUGGAGCCGGGGGUUCAAUGGGGGCUUACAAAUGUGUCCUGAGUAAUGCCAUUACCUACACUGCUUAGGCGCGGGGAAUUCUUUGGCGAAUGGCAACGUCAAGGAAACGGAAAGUUACAUAUGACGAUAUCGAUAAGCCAUAUCGCUGUAUAGAAGACUAUCCAUGCCGUUAACUUGAUUUGCAACCUGGGGAUCCACCACUAAAAACGGCGCUUCAAAAAGCUUGUCUGCUGGAGGAUUUGACGAUCUCGUAUCGCGAGAUCAGAUGUACUGUUUUACACGUCCGAGUGUCCUAUUCCCGUCCUGUUUCCACUGGCCACCACCUCCAAACAACAAACAUCAUCCCGUCCUGUCCUGUUUCCGCUGACGACCAUCACCAAAGAACCAAUGCCAUC